AUGACUGACCAUAAGAUGCCAAAUUCCCGCCUCAUAUGCGCGUCUUGCAACGAGAUCAGUCUCAAAUCUUCGUGUGCCAAAUGCAGUGGAAAAUUAUCAACUUCAAAUGCCUUUGAUUGUGCACGACUUGGGCUCCUCUUGGAGCUACAAGAGCUUAUACAUCAGGAUCCAAACUUCGACGUGGGUGCAUACGAUACAAUUUCAAAGGCUACGCUUCUGCAUCACGCGGCUAUGAGUGGCAAAAUGGGUGUAUUGGAAUUCCUCUUAGGAGACGAAAAGCUUCGAGCUCAGGUAGACGUGGAUGCUUUAGAUGGCAAAAAUUAUACAACGCCAUUAUUUUGGGCCGCACAAUCGAAUCAAAUCUACGCAGUUGAACUGCUUCUGCGGCAUGGAGCUGAUCCAAACUUUCGCAAUGUACAAGGUUUUACGCCAUUUUUAACAGCAGUCUAUCGCUGUUUUCCUAUUACAGCAGCGUAUUUUGUGGCAAAAGGCUCUGAUGUGAAUCAACAGAUGCAAGAUGGAAGCCAGAGAACGGCAUUGAUGCUGCUUUGUCAACCCCAACAGUUUCACUUGGACUCGUUUCGAAUGGUGCUGAGCUUACAGGUGGCUUUGAAUGCACAAGAUGCAGAUGGAAACACGGCUCUUCAUCAUGCAGCCAUAAACAACAUUGCUUUGGCUGUACGAAUGUUGCUUGACGUAAAAGCUGACUCCACGAGAAUGAACAAAGACGGCUUAACUCCAUUAGCUCUCGCACGUGCACGUCUUGAACCUAAAUCAACUACCCUUUAUCUAUUAGUUGAGGACGAACAGCUCAAAAAUCUUGCUCAGAGACUCGCCAUUUCUAAACACUUUCUCGAGAAUAAUCUGUCUAAGCUCGCGUUUUUCGUGCCAUGGGUUAUCCUCCCUCUUACAUGCUUCAUAUUCUCGACAGUAAAUGGAGCUCUAUACAUCACGCUAUCACUCUUCGUUCUGCUGGUUGCGGCGAUGUUACUUUUGAAAAUGAUUCAACGAGGAAGUUACGGUGACAAGCGAAAAGCAGCCUCAUUGAUGUUUGGGAUGAAUGUCGCUUCAAUUGGUUAUCUUGUUGGAAGUUUUUUUCUAUACUGUGGCUACUGCAGCACGAUCUUCUGCAGUUUUGCAAUAAUUUGUUUUGUAAUGCUUGGAGUCACUUUGUUUCAAACAGCCACUUCAGAUCCAGGGGAAGUGUUCACUUCGUAUGACCAAAAAUUGCAUAAUAUUCGCCAUCUUGUUGAGUCCAAGUCACCCAAUGCUACGAAAUUAUGCCUCACUUGCUUACACAAGAGGCCAUUGCGCGGAAAGCACUGUGCUGAGUUGAAUUCAUGCGUUGCAAAAUUUGAUCACUAUUGCCCUUUUGUGAUAAAUGCCAUCGGUGAACGAAAUCACGCCGCGUUUCUUGGUUUUCUCGUUGCAGCGGUACUUUCAAUUAGUAUGGAACUGAUUGCUUGCUGGCGUUAUGCGCAAGCUCAACCUGAAGCUGCGAUAGAUUUGACCAUCCAAUGGCAAUGGUGGAAGUGGAAAACGACGUUGUGGGAUUUUUCUGUGAGCAAUCAUGUUAACAUUCCAAAAAUAUUAUUCAACUGGAUUUGGAGUCUCGCCCAUUUUUAUCCAGUGCUCUUUUGUGUCAUGUUCUUGGACCUGGUACAGAUUGUGUGGAUUGCCUACAUGCUUAUCUUUCACAUUUACCUUAUGUGUGCUGCCCUUACAACGAAUGAAGUUGUGAAGAACGAGAAUCUUGAUCGAGUGUAUUCACGUGGCAUCUGGAACAAUGUGGUGGAUUUCCUGGGAUUACCAGGUUAUCAACCAAUUGAUUGGCGUCGCAUUUAUAGUUUAGACGAUUUUAAGUGUCAAAUUGAAAAGUCAUCGGGUUUAAUGCGAAAAGAAGCGUGA